AUGGCAUACGUCGCCACCCUAUCCCCUCAUCACGCCUGCAGACAGAGUGCUCAUCUCCGUGCCGCUGUCUCUCCUUCUCUCCGCGCCCACCGCCCUGAAAGACCCCCUCUAUGGCGCCUUUCUGCGCCGCCUGCACUCCCAGGGCCUGCUGGACCACCGCAUGCUCACCCUUACUCCCAUUCCCCCAUUUCUCCCAUCUUCCCUUCCCCGAUCCCCUUACGCAUUCUCCCCUACAUCAUCCCCGCACCUGGAGAUGCAGUUCUCAUCUCCGUGCCGCUGUCUCUCCUUCUCUCCGCGCCCACCGCCCUGAAAGACCCCCUCUAUGGCGCCUUUCUGCACCGCCUGCACUCCCAGGGCCUGCUGGACCACCGCAAACUCACCCUUACUCCCAUUCCCCCAUUUCUCCCAUCUUCCCUUCCCCGAUCCCCUUACGCAUUCUCCCCUACAUCAUCCCCACACCUGCAGAUGCAGUUCUCAUCUCCGUGCCGCUCUCUCUCCUCCUCUCCGCACCCACGGCCCUGCAAGACCCCCUCUACGGCACCUCUCUGCGCCGCCUGCACUCCCAGGGCCUGCUGGACCACCGCAUGCUCACCCUCACUCCCAUCCCCUAUAUUUCCCCAUUUUUCCCAACCCCCCUACGUCACCACCCCCUACUCUUCCCCCUCGCUCAGACACAGUGCUCAUCUCCGUGCCGCUCUCUCUCCUCCUCUCCGCGCCCACUGCCCUGCAAGACCCCAUCUAUGGCGCCUCUUUGCGCCGCCUGCACUCCCAGGGCCUGCUGGACCACCGCAUGCUUGUGCUGCUCCUGCUGCUGCUACAUCGAUGCCACCAGAAAGAACACUCCUUCUGGGCUCCGUAAGUUCUUCAGUUCGAGUAUUCGGAAAUAUCCUCUCUCUCCAGCCUGCUCUCCCAGGGCCUGCUGGACCACCACAUGCUCGUGCUCCUCCUGCAGCUGCUGCACUGCACCGCUGCCACCAGAAAGAACGCUCCUUCUGGGCUCCCUACCUCUCCUGCCUGCCACAGUGCUUUGACUCGCCUCUGUGGUUCGACCAGGCCACGUUGGAGGAGCUGCGAGGCACUCCUCUGUACAACGCUGCAUGUGCGCAGAGGGCCAACUUGAGGCGUGUGUACGAGGAGCAGGUGGAGCCAAUCUUUGCUGCUGUGGUGGUCGAAGCAGAGGGGGAGCAGAACAGUGGCGAUGCCUCCAGCUGCAUCUCCUUGGACGAUUUUCUCUGCGCCCGUUUUCUCUCUGCCCUCACGUGCCUCUCCUCUCACUGGCCAAUGCCUCGCUUCUUCUUACUCAACUUGCCCCUUGCUUUGAUUCUAGUGCCUCCUGUGCAAGGCAACGAGGUUACCAUCAGCUAUGGGGAGAAGGGCAACGAGGAGCUUCUGUUUCUUUAUGGCUUCGCCAUUCCCAACAACCCCCACGAGCGCCUCAUGGACCUCUCACUACAAUGGAUCAUUCCGCGUUCCUCCAAGUAUCCCAACAACGAUUGCCAGUAUGCCGGUGCUUCAUCUGCCAGGAGUCGGAAGGAGCAGGAGCGAGGGGAGAAGCAGGGGCAGGAGGACAAGCAGGGGCAGGAGGACAAGCAGGGGCAGGAGGACAAGCAGGGGCAGGAUGAGGUGCAGGUGCAGCAGGGACAGCAUAAGGAGGAGGAGGGUGGGGGGGAGCAAGAGGGGAGUGAGCAUGGGGAUGUGUUUCCCUCUAGCUUGAUGGCAGCACUGCGAGUGCUCUCACUCACAGAAGCCCAGUUGGAUGCUGCCACGUCAGCACUCCUGGAGGUACGCAAGGCUGACGUGGAUAUGACACGCGCUGCUGCUGCUUGCAACAACUUCUGCAGCAUAGGUGAGGGCUCAUGGGACAGGGUUGGUGAGUCAUGGGACAGGGGUGGUGAGUCAUGGGACAGGGGUGGUGAGUCACGGGACAGGGGUGGUGAGUCAUGGGAUAGGGAUGGUGAGUUGAGGUUCAGGAAUGACAGCAUGGUGCAGGGCACGGGGACUGCUGAAGAGAACACUGCAUGGCUCAACGCACAUGCACACAUUGAUGAGCCGAAGUCACCUCACAUCCUUUUCACUCCCUGCUCUCAGGCUUGA